AUGAAAUGCUUGAAUCAAGGAUUCAGAAGACAUCUGGCUUGUGUACUACGCCAACUGGAUCUGCUAGCCGGGCUCGCAUCGUUAUCGGAUCGCUGCGAUACCGCAUCGUUGCAGCAGUUGCUAUCAUGUGUAUCGCUUUGUUCUGCUCACCAUCCUGUCAUCAUACAUGCUAAAUCAAGGCUAGUGCAGCGGAUUGUCACUCGGGAUCCAGUAAGAAUGAAGGAUGCAUCGCAGGUGUGCGUGCAUCUUCUGAAUCCACUUGUCAUCGGGUUGAGCUGUAAAGAGUUGAGCUCUGCCCAUUUUGAUGACGUCAUGAGCAGUGUGCGCAUUUUGUUGGAUCUCGUCGAGCAGUUACGAUAUGAAUCCGACGAUCGAAUGCAGCAGCAACAGAUGGGUCUUGGGCGUCUCGGUAAUCGCCGAGUGUCAAUGAGUAGCACAAAUCUGCCACGAGUGAUGAUCAGCGCAGCUCGACCAUCCUUCUCCAAUGACUCCAGGAAGAUGUCCUUCCUAUCAGCUGAUGGUCGUCUUGAAGAUCGUGGACGACGUGAAUCGCGUGAUAGCCGUGGUUCAUUGGAGAGCGAUAUGAGCAUUCGUAUUGGUGAAUAA